GUAUAGCAAGUACGUGGAAGAUACGGAAUGAGAGGCGAGGAAGAAGGAGGAAGAGGAGAAGGAGAAAGCAAAAAGAGAAGAGGAAGCUAAGCUCCUAUUAUGGAGGAAAGAGCGUGAAGCUUUUGAAGAAGCAAUGGGGGAACGACUUGAGAAAAGAUUGGAUGAGUUAGGCAUCGACAAGGGUAAGAUGGUUGAUACCGGCGGCGGUCAGACUUCCACGGAUGAAGCACUCCGAUUGAGGAUGGAGAAUGAAGAUCUCAAGCGCAAGCUCAGUGAAGCCUUGGGUCCUUCUGGGGAAGAUCGUGUGCAUUACCUUCAGAACGAAGUUAUGCUGUUACGCAAGCAGGUUGGGGAGAGGCACGUGAAUGAAGACGUGAUCGUUGCGCUCAAAGCCGAGAUAUGUGAGCUGAAGCAGACGGCCUUGGUGAAAACUAAUUUCGAACAAGAGAUCGCGGGGCUUCGUAAGGAGGUGAACCUACUUCGAGAUCAGAAUGAGCGGGUCACGGUGGAGGCCGGUCUAUGGAAGGAUCAAGCGUUGCUUCCGGGUAACAAACGAGGGAGCGUGGUGCUGCAGACGCCGAAAUGUUCCAACCGAGGGUCGCCUAAGCCCCGUUGGACGGACAAUGUAAGAGAUGAUGACAAAUGGAAGGCUGAUUACAAGAAGCUGCAGAGUCUGCAUCGAUUGGCCAACAUUGAGGCUGAUGCGCUCAAAGAGAAACGAGCCGAAGAAGAAGCACGGCGGGCCGAAGCCAAGAAGCAAGUUAAAGCGCUUGAGGAGAAGAUGGAACGUUUGAUGACUAGCGGAGGGUUGGGGAAUGACAAGCAGGUGGGCGAAACAAAUCUUAAAGAACGAUUGGAAAAAGUUGCUCUCCGUUGCACCAGGAAGGGUGUGAAAGGGUCUCCUAGGAGGACUGGAGGAAAAUCGGUGCCUAAGACUGCUCAAAAGGAGAAGGAACCUACCCCUCGUCCGAUGGCAGCCAAUAUCAACGAUCGUGCUAAGUUUGUGGAGGAGCAGAAGCACCAGCUUCGAAUGCUUCGAAAGAUUGGUUUGGAGCCACUUUGUAAAGAAGAGGGUGUGAAGAUGGGUAAGUUCGAAGAUACUGUCUGUGAUCUUGCGGAGGCACGGGCUAAGAAAACCUUUGGUGAGGGCUCGGGUACCAUGUCCAAGAGUGAUAGGAAGGCGGUUGAGGUGAGUGAUAACACCUCCAAUAAUGUCGGCGAUUCCGAGGAUGAGUCUGGGAAGUCGGUUGAGCUAUCGGAUCCUUUCCUGAGCGCGUCUUUAUUAUGAUCUUUUGCUAAUGAUUGUCAGAAAAUCUAAGAAAAUCAAGGCCUCUUGCAACC